UUGUAGUGAAUGGUUCAAGAUAUACAGCAUGCUUAUCGAUAGCGAAGCUACGAAUCGCCAUUCUAACGAGUUUCAUGAUAUCCAGCCCUAUUCUCAGCUGUGUCUCUUAUCGGGAAGGACUGGUUCUGAUCUUGCGCCUCACCCUCAAAGCCUCAAGCUCGAAACGGCAGAACCACCCACCCGAGGCUCCCAUCAGCUCUAGCUGGCCAUAACGGUCGUUUCGACUUCCGGUCCUUAUGUUGCAUAACAACCUCGAGGUAAUCUGUACGCAUAGCACUGAUAAUACACUACCUCAUUACAUUUUAUCACUGUGCGUAUCGUCAGAAUCGAUACUAGUAUCCUCAAAACACAGUAGUCAGUCCGGUAUAAGGUUCGGGGCCUCAUACAGGCCCAAACAUCUCUGCUCAUACAGAGUUCACGGGCGUUAGGUCGGCUCCUGAGUCCCGAGGCAGUGUUCUAUUUCAUCUGUGGGGCUGCACACAUGUCCAUGGGUUUUCACGAGAGCUUGCUAUUCGUGCCUGUUUCUCCGCACCCAUCAUCCUUGUUGGGGUUAUCAUGUCUAGUUCUUAUAAGUCUGCAAUGACGGCUUGAGCGUCUGGCUGAUGCAGCUGCUUCUUUCCCUCCGUUUCGUCUCUAACAUCAC